CACGGUAGCUGUAGAUAGAGAAAAAAAAAAGACUCUCAUGAGUCCCAUUGUACUUGUCUUUCAUAUCCCAGAAAAGAGAAUCCUUGAAGCACGUGAAUACUAAGACAUACUUUAAUUUUGAGAAUUUUGAGAUAAACUCACUAUCCAUUUGUUAUUUUAUUUAUUAAUGUAUUUAACACAUAUUUAUUGAAUUCCAACUGUGUGUUGUGGAAAUUCAGAGAGCAAGAGGACUGCAUAACAGCUAACAACAUCAGAAUAUUUCUUGAUAUUAUAUACCUGCUUACAGAGAGUUAUAUAGGGUCUAUAAGACAGAGUGCUUUGAAGUCCCGGCAAUAAUUUUUUUUUUUUAGGAAGGGAAAUAAUUUGUUUAAAGGCAUCUUCUCUCUGUACUGUAUCACACGAGAGCUUUCUUAAGCCACUGUAAAGACAUCAUAAGCAAGAGCAAAACAGGUUAAUGAGCUUUUUAGAAUGUAAAUUGGUGUCAAGAAUGAAAAUGAGGGCUUUGUGUUUUUCACCACCCACCAGAGCCAGGAUAUAUAAAGAAGGUUCUGAGACUAGGAAUCCAUCCCACUGAGGAAACGCACUCCGUUGCUACCUAAGCCCUCCACUCCCGACACCAUGCUCUGCGACAACUUCCCCGGGGCUGUCUUCCCAGGAUGCUACUGGGGCAGUUAUGGCUACCCACUGGGAUAUAGCGUUGGCUGUGGCUAUGGCAGCACCUACUCCCCAGUGGGCUAUGGCUUCGGCUAUGGCUACAACGGCUGUGGGGCUUUCGGCUACAAGAGAUACUCGCCAUUUGCUUUCUACUGAUUGGCUGAAAUCCCCGAGGCGUAGAAUCUUCUCUCCCUUGAAGGCUGAGCAGCACAUCUCCAGGUUACCCCGUAUCCACUCCUUUAGUCCUCAUUUGCUCAUCAACCUCAGAGACACUGCCUUCCAACUUACCUCGAGUCUCAGGGGAGGAAAAUGAAAAAGCAGACGCUUCCUCAAGCUGCCUCCCCUGGCUGAUGUUCUCUGGGACAUUUUCGGAAACUUGACCUCACACUUGUCAUGCGCUACUUUUGAAUUUUUCAUGACACUCAUGACUUGUCAUGAUGAAGUCAUGGAUAUGUCUAUCAAAAUCUCAAUAAAUUUGUCUCAACUGGUA